AUGUUGACGCCAUCCUCUCAUCUUCUGCAGAAGAGACAGGAGGCCAUAGAGGUCCACAGUGCCAUGAAGCUGCAGCGAGAGGACUUUGAGUACUCUCUGUGCGCGCUGCAGGGGCGUAAAGACAAACUAAAGCAGAAAGAAGAGCACAUGAAGGACUUCCAACAAAAGUUUGACAACUUCCUAAAGCAUAACUAUGUCUUCAGGCUGCCCCUCUUUCUGGGCUCCAUGCAGGAUAAUGAGGCCAAACGCUGUCGAGUGAUGAGAAAGGUGAACCAGGAGAGGGAGCUGACCAAUCAGAAGCAGGCUGACCUCCUGGCCUUGCAGGAGGAGAUGAAGUCUUUGGUCAAGGAGCGGGAUAAAUUGAUGAAACGUGUGGAGAAAAAUGCCAUUUAUCUCAGGUUUUUGGAUAAAGUGGUGCAGGCCAGUCCACAGUCCAUAAACAACCAAGCCAGUGAAGCACCCUCUCAGUUUCAGGAGGUGCGUCAGCUGAAAUCCUGUUACUACAGUCUGAAGCUAAUGAGUGAGGACCUGCUGCAGAUCACUCAGCAGAACCAGGAGAGCAUAGAGAAAUCCUGGGCCCAACUGGUCCACUUCACCAAGCAGGGCAACGACACAAUUCUCCACUACAACAACACUUUGUCCCAGCUGCAGAGUCAACUGGACAAGGCCCGAGAAGAGGGCAUGAUCUGGGAGUCAAGAUGGGUCCACAUUCAGAACACAGCAGCCAAGAAAACUCUCCUGCUGGGUACAAUCAAGAUGGCCACACUUAACCUGUACCAGAGUGUGUGUAAGAGGGCCAAAGACACUGGAGAUGCGCCGAUUGCCCCAGAGGAUACAUUCCAACAGCUAGAAAAGAUCCAAUCAUUCUUAUCUGACCUGAUCUCCAUGUGGGAGGAGGUCAGCAGGUCGCAUUUGCUUCUCCCAGGGCAUCGGUAA